AGCCAAUCACAGCGCAGGGUGCAGGGAGCGCCGCUGUUUGAAUGCUCUGCGGAAACCGACGAGCCGACGUCGAGCGAGCGUAGCACAAUGCAGUUAGUUAGCUGACGAAGUAAAGCGGUGUUAAUUCACGCAGGAAGAAGAGACAGAGCAGGAUAAUCAUUUUUGUUUAAACCGUGAGGCAGCGAACUGAUAUUUGUGCGUGUUUUUUGUUCACUAAUGUGACUCGCUGGCUAACGUUGGCUGGCUAACUGCAUUGCAACGGAAGCAUGAAGCGGAGAUAGCGCGUCCUGUGAACAGUUAGAGGAUUUACGUGAGGAUGAGUUCUGGAGAAAGUUAUUAAAAAAGUGAGAUAAAGUUAGAAAGAAGAAAGUGGACCAAUUGUUUAAAAAAAAAGUGCACGAUAGAAAGCGAAGAGAUGAAAGUCAUGGAGAGAAAUGUGAUGCGGUUAGCGGCCGUGCAGCACCUCCGCACGGUGUACGGCAUCAAGACAAAGAACUGGAACAAAAACAAAACAAGCAGCUGUAAAACGACAGCCAGCAGCUCGACAAAAGUCUUUGGUGUGUCCCUGGAGAGCUUACCAUACUACAAUAUGGAAUGCGGGAGCGUGCCGAGCUUUCUAGUCGACGCAUGCAUGAAACUGCUGGCGCACGUCGACACAGAGGGACUGUUCAGAAAAUCUGGCUCGAUCAUUCGCCUGAAAGCACUCAGGGCAAAAUUGGACGCUGGUGAGGAGUGCCUGUCUACGGCGCUUCCCUGCGACGUGGCCGGUCUGGUGAAGCAGUUCUUCAGGGAGCUGCCAGAGCCGGUGCUGCCCGCAGAGCUGCAGGAGGCCUUCCUCAAGGCCCAGCAGCUCCCCACCGAGGAGGAGCGCACCACCGCCACCAUGCUGCUGUCCUGUGUGAUACCAGACAGAAACCUAACAGCCCUGCGUCACUUUUUUGACUUCCUCCACACCGUGUCGAAGAGGAGUGCAGAGAAUAAGAUGGACAGCAGUAACUUGUCCGUAAUCUUGGCUCCCAACCUCCUCCACUUUGGAGACUGUACAGAGAAGAUGAACGCCAACACAGAGAAACGGCUCAAGCUACAGGCAGCCAUAAUACACUGCUUCAUAGAGAAUGCCCACACCUUUGGUGUGUUGCCACUGUUUCUUCGAGAGAAAGUUCCCGCCAUGAUGGGCAGUGAGGCUGGGAUUCUGUCCCCUACUCACGAUGAACUCGAGGAGCUGGACCUCAACUCAGGGAUGAAGAAGAGACACAGACGCAGCUUUGGAGAUGUGGUCAGUGGUGCUUUGAAUAAGAUAAAAACUAAUAGAACACCCACAAAUGCCACCCAGUCAGACAGUCUUGUCUUUUCCUCUGCAACCCCUGUGAUUGCAACACCAUCCUCAAAGCGCAAGCUUCCUUUGGAAUCCGGGCACUCGUUUGGAUUCUCAAAUAAGAAACGUAGAUCUGUCAAAAAGAACCUCGGGAUAGAAUUACUUCCCAAUACUUUGUUCAGCAGCACCUCUACUCCUGGAUCAGCUUACAGCGCGUCAGGUGUGUUGGAGUCUUCCCAGAAUAUCCUGUCACCAGCAGGGAGGUCUAGAAGGCAAUCGGCCACCUCUGUGAGGAGGAAGAGCCGAAGACUUAGCAGCAGGCAUGCCGUCAGCAGAGUUGAAUCCGGAAAGGCCGGCUGCUUUUCGCCUAAAGCCAGCAAAAAAGAAGCGCCACGCAGAUCCCUGCGCCUGCGCUUUAGCCUGGGGAAGAGCAGCAAAGACGCUGGAUCUGAGUCCAUUGGCUGGCGACUCGCCACUCAGGAGAGCACCACCAGUUUUCGUUUCACCAAAGAGACAGAGUUCAGUCCGUCGGGUCUGCCUAGAAAAGCUGAAUCCAAAAGCUCCAACUACAUCAGUAAGUCUGAAGACAACUUGCUGACCCCACAAUGUAACUCAAGUGCCCACCGAACCUCGUGGAGUGGAGAGACUCCUGUAGGUGCGCAGGCUUUCAGUGGAGGAUCUUUCACAGACACCCCAAUGAACAUGCGCCUAAAGAGCAACUACAUGUCUGAGCCGGCCAUAGUCAUAUCAAAGCCCCCAGCGAUGGGCGGCCUUCCCAAGAAGCUGUGUUGUGCUUCCAGCGCUGAGAGCCUGGAGAGCGAGCGCUCCAUCAGUGAAGUCCAGAGCCGAGCCGGUCCCACCCUGCUGAACAUAAAGACGGGCUUUACAGAAUCUGGCAAUGUGUCACAGGAGCCGUGCAACUCCUUGGGAGCAAAUGCAACAAACCCACCAGACAGUAUCUUCCUGCCUCCACCAGAGACUCCUACAGUCAAAGUCCUGUCUGUGGACACGGAGGCUUCCAGCAUCCCAACCCAUCAAAGCCUUCUGGCUAAAGAACAGAACAUUACCUUUGGCCAGAUUGAAAUUGCCGCUCUAACUCCGUUGCACAUUGACAGUGUAGUUUUUGAGUCCGGUGUAUACUGUAGUCCUGUAAAGGCUGAUAAAGGUUCUUUCUGUGCUGCUCCUGUCAGCAGCCAUAACAACUCCAGGGUGGAAGCGAGUGAAAGGGAGGUAGAGCAGGUGAACUGCAGCAGGUUGAUAGAUGCUCUGGACAUACAGAGCCCUGCUCUCUUUAAACCAGGUCUUUGCUCUGGGCUCCAGUCCACACCACGCAAGCUGGACCUUGAAUUCGAAAAUGAACUAGAUACACCUCCUAAAAUUGGUACUAUGGUCACUGCGGUACAUGAAAAAAGUGACUUUUCCCCAGAGAUUGGUUCCAAAGUCCAAAACAAACAAACUCUCUCGCCACGCAGCCUGGAGACCGAAAAGCGCCGGGUGGUAGAUCACAUUCAACACUUCAACAAGCUCACCAUUCGCUCUCCCAGAGGCUCCAAGGCUUCACUAAUCCGAUCACCUCUCAAGUUCCAGCGCACCCCUGUGCGUCAGACCGUCCGCAGGAUAAACUCUCUCCUGGGAGAGAACAGGAGACCAACGAGAAACGCAAAAUUCACCAGCAGCCAGAGCGGUCAAGUGUUGAAGGCGGUGAGUCUGGAGAGCGGCCUCUCCCCUCACCCACAGCUUCAGCCUCACCAAGGAGACGCACAACCGGGACGGUCCAACAACACCUGUCCCAUAAAGAAACCGCCUCCGGUCCCACCCAAAAAGCCGAGCACCUUGGCCCGUAAACCCAAGGCCUGUGCUCUGGGCGACGUGACGAACAAGGUCCAACCAAAGACCAAAGUGGACUGUUGUGUUCCUGAUCCACCAGGAGCUCAGAAGCCUGUUGUGCAGCAGGUAGUAGAGAAGGACAUGAGCCAUUACAGAGGUUCACCAAGAAACCCUCUCAACCAGGGACGCCUGCUGUCUGCUACCAAGCCUGUCGACUUAUAGCCUUUUACCUUUCCUCUUUACUAUGCAGGUCUGUCUGGUAGGACUGAAUGACAUUAAACAUUCCUUCCUUUUUUUUUUAAAUAUUAUCCAUAUCUUCAGGUGUCUUAAUUUAUUCUUAGCUGCGGUAGGGGCUGUUUGCGUUGUUAGGGCCUUAAUGGGAGAUGUUUAUAUGCCUUAUGUAGUCAAAUGUUGACACAUAUCAGCCUACAGGAUUAUAUUUUGCAUAGUGUGUGUAGACUAGUGUGUGCAGGCCAAAUUAUGUGAAUGUGAUUGAUGGUAUGACUGGAAAUGUUUAGAUCAGGUGCUUUUUAUUUAUGCAUUUUAUAUCUAAUCCUUAGUUAGAUUUUUUUUUUUUAAACCGUUUACUGAAGUUGCAGCUUUUUCUUUAUUACAGAAUCAUUUCUAACUGUCAUCAUGAACAGAGAAGAAAAAAAUGCACCUUUUGUUGGAUUUAUGGGAGGAAGAAAAAAAAAAAGCCAAGCAGUAUUUAUCACCUGUCUAUCUCAGUCCAUUAAUUUCAGACAACCAGUAAAAUACAUUGCCAUGUGAAUUGCUUAAAAAAAAUAAUAAAACCAAAUGGCAGCAUG